AUGUUGACCCCAACAAGUUUAACAGAACAAAUAGCGAUUACAGAUGGACCAAUAUUUUAUGUAUUACGCUUUUUUGGUUUAGCACCAUGCUCAGUUGAGAAAACAGAUGGUGGGAAAAUUUCUUUUCAUUUAUCAAUUUUUUAUUGCAUUUAUAGUUUUACAGUUGGAACUAUUGCAGUUGUUUGGGGAACAUAUGGUGGUAUAUUAAGUGAUAUUUGGGCUGGCAAUAAAUCAAUUCGUAUGAAAGAACGUACAGAUCGAAUAGUUACGUGCGCUGAUCUUUCAUCAAUACUUUUUCUUGCUUGUCUUGGUAUAUAUGGUGCACCGUUUCGUUUGCCGAAUAUACGAAAAUUCUAUAACAAUUUGUUACAAUUUGAUAGAGUUUUACAACCAAUCCAAGUGAAGCAGUUUCGUAAUCAUAGCUAUUUGUAUUUGGGCGUAACAGUUAUUUUGUUGACCAUUGUUUUGGUUUUGGAUGUAUCUGCAUGGAUACGUUUUGCUGAACAGCGUUCGGAUUCUGAAUAUGUUGUAUGGAAUUAUUUAGCAUUUUAUUUUUCUUAUUAUGUGAUAAUGAUUUUACAAUUGCAAUAUUUACACGGAGCUAAACAUAUUGAGCUUCGUUUUAAAAAAUUAAAUGAAAAUUUAGCAAUAAGUGAAAUGGAAAAUUCUGAUUAUAAAAGUCAUAAACAACCACGAAAAAUGUCUGUGAGGCCAGCAAUCUCGUUAAAGGAACAAAAACUUUUCGAUAAUUAUAAUUUUAAAAUCAAUUCUCCGGACUAUGUGUUACAAUUAUGUCGAGUACAUAGUACUUUAUGUGAAGCAGUUGUCCAAUUAAAUGAAGGUUUUGGAUUUGUUGUUUUAAUGAUUUUAGUAAGCGGUAUAUUACAUUCAAUAGAAACAGCGUAUUUCCUGUUGGUUGAAUUGUCUGGACGAAAUGAUCACUUAUUUACAAUUCUACAAUUUUGUUGGAUUGGAGUUCAUUUCUUACGAAUUUUAAUUAUUAUACAACCAGCAAAUUCUGCUAUGAGAGAGGCAAAAAUUACUCAAGUGCAAGUAUGUAAUAUAUUAUGCUAUGUAAAUUUAGAUGACAAACUUAGGAAACAGCUGGAAUUAUUUUCAUUACAAUUGAUUCAUAGAAAAGUUGAAUUUCAUGCCUGUGAAAUAUGUACACUAGAUCGGCGAUUAUUAUCUGCGGUAAUUACGGAUUGUAAUACUUAA